AUGAAGGCCAGUUUCCAUUUGCCGUUGAUGUUCCCUCACUCUCUCCAGGCCAACAAGUGUGGGCCUCCAGUUGCUCUGGUUAUUCCGUGGUUCUAUAAGACCGCCGGCUUUCGAGAUGCAAUACAAGAGAUGCUUGCUAUGUUGAUGAACAAGGGAGUCCAGCUAAACGAUCUGUGCCGGCCUCUGGGAAGUCCACUGCACUACCUCAUCUGGAUAAAGCCAACGUAUCACUACUUCCGUCAGCGUAUCUUGUGGACAAUUGGAUUCCUCCAAGAAAAGGGUGUUUGCGGUUUUAUCGAGAAGGGCCACGUGAUGGAGGGACAGUUUGGCCGGGGCCAGUGCCUCCGCAUGAUCGGCUAUCACGUUUUGACUUUGAUAUACCUUUCGAUGAGGCGAUGCAAGAGUACCGUGCCGGCCGUGGGCUUUGAAAUGGUUGGCAAUGGCGGUGCCAAUGGAAGCCAUGGAGAGGAUGAGAGUCGGACUCGUCGGACUGAAGAAAUGAUGUCAAUGUCCGUGGAUCAAGGGCAUCAAGAUCUGGAUGGUCCGAAUUGCGAAUGCGACUGCCCAGAAUAUGGGAUGAGCCGGCCGCCGUCCAAGAUGGAACUGGAUGUGUAA